AUGAGCAAAAGAAAGCAAUUGGCUCUCGAUGAUGAUGACCAGAGUGAAAACGAACUCAACCACACACAUGAAGAGGAAAAUGAAGAGAAGCAUCAUCAAUCCGAAGAAGAGGAACAGUCUGCAAAGUUAAAGAAGAAAAUACAGUCUUCAAAAGAUAACAAGGAAAAAACAAAGAAGAAAAAGAAGAAGGCUUCCGAGGACAAAGUAGAGCCAAAGAAGAAAAAGAAGAAGGUCCAAAAAGAGGAAUCGGAAGAUGAGAAAGAAAACAAGUCGGAAAGCGAGGACGAGCAAGUUGUUGAAGAAGAUACUCGCAUGCCAGAAGAUGAACACCAAACCUCUGCUUCUCCUAAUGCUGAAGAAGAAUUGAUGAGAGAUGAGGAUUUUACUUUUGCUCUUCCAACAGAUUUGACUCAUGUCGAACAAGAACCAAUUAUUUCAUUCGAGGAUGUUGCUGAUAGUAAAUUGUAUGUUAUUGAAAUACCACAAGGAUUUACUAUCGAGGAAGUUAAAAAGAAAUUGCAAAAUAUUUCUGGUUUUGGAGAGAAGAAACAACUAGUACUAGAUUCUGAGUUAGGAAUUACUGUGAAUAGAGAGGAUAGUUCCAAGUCAUCAAUUGUCCCACUGUUUACGUCAAAUAAUUCGGACGAUCAUCGAUUAAGAAAUGGUCAAAUUGAGGGAUUUUAUAGAAUUGAGCAAGGUAUUGAAAUGCCAAUAUUUGAUGCUUUGAAAGAGAAAGAAAAGCAAAGCAAACUAUACAAAGUUAGUGUGGAAAAGCGAGCAGAAUUUUCAGCUCACGUUUCACAAAAUAUUUUCAAGCCUGAUGGAUAUUCAGACGAAAUUUUGCCUCAAAAGACGAAAAAGAGUAAGAAGGAGGGCGUGACAGAAAAGAAGAAGGAAGAAAAACACAAAUCUAGCGAAAAGAAGCAAGAUAAAAAGGAGGAAAAAAGACAAUCUACAGAAAAGAAGGACGAUAAGAAGCAUGAAAAGACGCAAAAGAAAGAUGACUUACAAAAGAAAGAGGAAAAGACAGAUAAGUCACAUAAAAAGGAUGACAAGAAAUCCUCAAAAGAAGGUAAACAUUCCGAUAAAAAAGAUAACAAGGAAGAGAAGAGGCACGAACAAAAGAAAGCCGACGUACAACAAAAGCAAGACAAGUCAGAAUCAUUAUCAAAGAAAGAUAAAACAGUCGACUCUAAAAACAAGACAGAGGAGAAGCACAGCUCUGAAAAAAGUAAGACUGCUGAAAAGAAAUCAGAAAAGAAUGAUGUAUCUGCGAAGAAGGUAGAAAAUAACUCAACACAGCAAGAUAACCGAAAAACCAAAGGCAACAAGACAGAAAGUUCCAAGAAAGUAAAGCAGUAA